AAAAAUCGGCAGCCAUUUUGGGGGAGAGUCUAGUAGUUACCGCGAUACCGGAUUCAUGCAUAGUUGUGUAUUUGUUGUUAUUGUUGUUUGAGGGCUAUGUCAGGUCUGUUAUUGUAGUGGUAACCCUUCUUCACGAGUUAUUAUAACUUAAUGUUGUAAAUGCUGUUUAAUUUUAUCGAUAUUAAUGGAGAAAGUACGACGAAUUUUGGUGCAUUUAUCCAAAGAAAGCGCAGCUCCACACUGUGCCCAGUUUGUUCAGAGCAUUACUGGACACUUUACUGGACAUCAUGACGACCAGACAACUGUGAAUUGUUCCCUGGAGAACAACCGAUUUAUUUUGUGUGAGGGAAGUCAUGAGAGAGGCGUGCCUCUUAAGAGGGCGUCGUUCUGCCCAAUCAAAUUGCUCUCUCCCUCAGAGGCGGCGUCACUUCCUGCAAACACUCUCCGCAGAGGGGUGGAUGUGGGCGUGGCCAUACUGCUCCAGUCAGCCAAUCAGAGGCUGUUGCUGACCAGGCGAGCUCAUGCCCUGAGGAUUUUUCCCAAUGUGUGGGUCCCACCUGGUGGCCAUGUGGAACUGGAUGAAAAGCUGUUGGAUGCAGGCCUGCGGGAGCUGAGGGAGGAAACUGGACUUAAACUGGACCCUGAGGACAUCUCCUCCUCUCAGCUGCUGGGCCUCUGGGAGUCUGUAUACCCACCCAUGCUGUCCCGAGGACUGCCCCAGAGACAUCACAUUGUCACCUACAUGCUGCUUUGCAGUAACCGUACACACCUGCAGCUACAGUCCUGUAUGAGACCAGAGCCUGCUGAGGUGAGUGCGUGUGCGUGGGUUGAUGCAGGACUGGUCAAGGCUAUCGUAUCGGCUGUGGAUGGAGAGGAAAAGUCUUUUCAUAUACCUGCUGAUCUUCCUCAAUCCGUCAGUGUUACUGAGGUGUCUCCUGAGGGUGAACUGCGUGAGUCCACGCUGCCCGUGUCAGUGUUCUGUAACCGGGCUCCGGCUGAGGGCGAGGAUGUGGAGCGGGUCAGCACCGGAACCAAGUACGCCUUAGAGCUCUGGCUGAGUACCCUGGCAGCUAGCUGCGAGAAGGGCUAACUGCAGCAGACGCUUUCUCACUCUCAGGCCUGAUCUGUGGAACCCAAAUAAGCACCUGACAUUUACCUUCAUAAUGCACUGAGGUUGUUUUCUUUAAGUGCCAUCAAAAACAUGAUGCUAGGAUCUUACUUCUGUUAAGCAUCUCUGCUCUUUUCUUAAACAUUUUAAUUAAUCUAAUUAAACAUGAAAUGUUUGCCAGCCACAAGGGGGCAGUAAAGACUCUUGUUACCUCUGAAACAAAUGACAUACAGUUGCUUGAAUUGUGAAGUUUUUACUCAGAUAAACACUUAGCCCACUAAUCAAGUAGUGUAGUUCAUUUAAUCUAUUGAUCUAUUAAUUUAUUAUUAUGUUCAAAUAGUAGUGAUUUGUCUUUCUAUAUUUUAUUCAGUACAUAUUACAAAACUCAUCUUAAACUCAUUGUACAGCACUAUGAACCUUGCAUAACAUGUGGAUACAGCAGGAUUAAAACAUAGAGCGUGUCUCACAAUGAGUGUUACAAAGGC